CCCCGGGCUUCCUCACAUCACCAGUGUUAUAUAAACCACCAAUGCAGCCAUUGUGGGCUCUUGUCACUGGAGGCACGAACUGCUCAAGACCCACUCAAGACAGGCAAGAUGAUAGUCAAGGACAUGACCUUUAAGGAGGGGCAGGAGUUCAAGAUCCGUAUCAAGCCCAAAGACGACUGCAGCAGAUUCUCCAUCAAUAUUGGCCACGACUCGGAAAACAUCGCGCUGCACUUCAACCCGCGCUUUGACGACAGCGUCAUCGUCUGCAACUCCAUGUCGGGAGGCUGCUGGGGCGAAGAACAACGCGACGGAAACUUCAGCUUCGUCCGUGGCGAGGAGAGCAAGUUCUACAUCAACUUCAACUACGAGGAGUUCUUUAUCAAGAUGCCCGAUGGCUUCAUGAUGAGCUUUCCCAACCGGCUGGGCGAAGUCAAGUACAAAUAUUUUGAGGUCAGCGGGGACGCUAGGAUCAUUGGCUUCAAGAUAAAGUAGAGCUCCUUCUUGUUCGAGGGUUGGCCGCUUCGCUGUUGACAAACCUGGACUUGACCCCUCAUCAUCCAUCUUGGCACUCCUGGAAAGCGUGGGAUGACCUUGUAAUGGCAAGUAAAUGCCUCAAGAGGGAGCCAUAGAACAGCCUAGCUCAAUGGUCAAUGGGUUUGCGAAUAAAUACGCUAAAAAUGGAAAA